AUGACCAAGAAAGAGUCUGCGGUUGAUGUGUUGAUUAUAGGAGCGGGCCCGGCAGGCUUAAUCGCCGCCAUGUGGAUGGCAAAAUGCGGCAUCACUACUCGCGUUGUCGAGCAACGGCCAUAUCAACUUCGGGUCGGUGGUGCAGAUGGGAUCCACCCGCGCUCAAUGGAGAUGUUCGAGAGUUUCGGCAUUGAUCAGGAGAUCACGCAGGUAUGGGAGCCCAUCACGGGGUGGGCACUUUGGUGUCGAAACGCCGAGGGAACUCUCGCUAGAUCCGAUCGGAUGGAUAAUCCUACGCCAGUGCGCUGCAGAUGGGGUCCGGGACUUCUACAACAGGGCAUCAUUGAACGGAUCAUCAAGGAGCAUAUCUCGGAGCAACCUUCUGUUCGGAUCGAGCAUGAAACUGUGUCUGCCUCACUUGUUAUCAUGGAAGAUGCGCUGGACAAGCCGGAUAGUCAUCCAUGUGUGAUUACUUUGCGCCAUGAUGACAGUGCUGGUGGAUCCGAGGAACUCGUCCGGGCGAAAUAUGUCAUCGGGGCUGAUGGAGCACGCUCGUGGACCAGGAAGCAACUGGGAUUCAAGAUGGAGGGGACCCGGACUCGGUCUGUCUGGGCUGUAACGGAUCUAGUCGUUGUGUCGGACUUUCCGGACAUCCGGUUAUGCACUACAAUCAACAGCUACGGUGAAGGAGGACUCUUCUUCCUCCGGCGAGAGCGCGGCCUGACCCGUUUCUAUGUCCAGCUCAAUCGCGCCGAUGAGGUGGAGUUUCCUGCUGCGUCAAUUACGCAAGAACUCAUCAUUGAAAGACUACAGAGACUGCUGAGGCCUUAUACAUUGACUGUCAAGCGUUGUGAAUGGUGGUCGAGCUAUACUGUAGCUCACUAUCUCAGUGAUGGCAUGACCAAGCAUGAUCGUGUCUUCCUCGUCGGCGAUGCUGUGCACAACCACUCACCACUGGUUGGUCUAGGCAUGAACAUCAGCAUGCAAGACUCCUACAACCUCGGAUGGAAACUUGCCGGAGUGCUCAAAAAGGAACUGAACCCCAGUAUCUUAUCAACCUACGAGACCGAGCGACGCCCUGUUGCCGCAGAGUUGAUUGAAACUGAUCGCUUUCAUCUCCAGCUCUUUGACACGGCCACCGUGACAGGCUCGGAACCGGCCUGGAUGCUGGAGCGCGAGGAGGCCUUGCAGCCUUCCAUGCAAGGGUUUGCUGUCCACUACCAAGACCCGCUCCUUACCGUUGCUACGGAGAAAGAAUGUAGACCCGACGCUGUGAUACCGGGGAAGCGCUUCCCGCAGCUGAACGUGUCGAAUCACGCAACGGGGAAAGUCUAUUCGAUACAAUCACUGCUCAAAAGCAAAGGAAAAUUUCACGUCAUUGUUUUUGCGGGAGACCUCUCCCAGCCACUGGAGCUGAACAGGUUCAAUACCUGUGGCACCGCGCUGCAGCAAAUCGAGGAACAGAUCCUGCCGGCCUCCAUGGGAAAGUUCAAUGUUAUUGCCGUACACCGGGCCCGCAAGACAGCGAUCGAGCUUGCGAGCUUGGCGGACAUUUUCUUCCCUGUUGAUGAGACAACGGGACGAGACUACAACCGGGUCUAUUGCGACAUGGAGACGAGCUAUGAGGAGGCUGGGAUCGGCGAACAGGGCGCGGUGGUGCUGGUUCGCCCAGAUCAGUAUGUGGGAUGGUGUGGGGAGGUGGAGGAUGUUCAAGGAUUGACAGGCUAUCUGCAGCCGAUUUUCGAGGCCAAAAAGCACGCAUAG